GCGGGUAUCACUUGACACCUAAUUCCGCCAGGCUCCCAGAAAGGCGGUUAAAGCUACAACCUGGAGCGCCACGCAACCAAUCAGAAGCCGGAGAUUCCCGUUUGUCUCGGAUUUCGACCAAUCUGUGCCCGGAACUUUAGCUUGUUGGCCCGAGCCUCUGUUGUCCGCGAAGAGAGGCAAUCCUCUUUGAAAUUUGCCAGUAACAGACAUGGCUGCAGCCGCUGGAGGAGGGGACCUGAAGUGAGGAGGGGGCAGGGAGGGGAGAGGAUGCGCGCAAGGAAGACGCGCCCCGGGGCCUGGAUGCCGUGACUGUGCAGACUUGCUGGGGUUUGUCCAUGCUGGGGAGGGACCUUCCUUUCGGGGGUGACCACGUUCAUCUGGGCAUGCCUGCACUACCCUGGGCCCAUGGACUUGAAGGGCGAGCCCCCCUUGGCCCUGGGCCUGUCCACAUGGAAGGCCCUGAGUGUCCUGAAGGAGCAACUGGAGGCCGUGUUAGAGGGACACCUCAAAGAGCGGAAGAAACGACUUACAUGGAAGGAGGUUUGGAGAAGCAGCUUCCUGCACCACAGUAACCGCUGCUCCUGUUUCCACUGGCCUGGGGCCUCGCUCAUGCUGCUGGCUGUGCUGCUGCUACUGGGCUGCUGUGGGGGCCAGCCGGCUGGGAGCCAUGGGGUGGAGCUGGUCAAUGCCUCUGCCCUCUUCCUGCUGCUGCUUCUCAACCUCAUCCUCAUUGGGCGGCAAGAUCGGCUGAAGCGCCACGAGGUGGAGCACAGGCUCCGGGGGAUCAUUGACCAAAUCCAAGAUGCCCUCAGGAACGGAAAGGAGAUCAAGUGGCCGAAUGCCAUGUAUCCAGACCUCCACAUGCCAUUUGCUCCAUCCUGGUCCCUGCACUGGGCCUACAGAGACGGCCACCUGGUCAACUUGCCAGUUAGCCUGUUGGUAGAAGGGGACAUCAUAGCCCUGAGACCUGGCCAGGAAUCCUUUGCCUCCUUGAGAGGGAUCAAGGAUGACGAGCACAUCGUCCUAGAGCCGGGAGACCUGUUCCCUCCUUUCUCUCCGCCACCCUCGCCCCGAGGAGAGGUGAAGAAAGGGCCACAGAGCCCUCAGCAACACCGGCUCUUCCGUGUCCUGGAGACUCCUGUGAUCGACAACAUCAGAUGGUGUCUGGACAUGUCCGUGUCCCGCCCAGUCACUGCUCUGGACAACGAGAGGUUCACAGUGCAGUCAGUGAUGCUGCACUAUGCGGUGCCCGUGGUCCUGGCUGGCUUUCUCAUCACCAAUGCCCUGCGCUUCAUGCUCAGUGCCCCCGGGGUCAUGUCCUGGCAGUAUACUCUCCUCCAGCUCCAGGUGAAUGGCCUGCUGCCCAUCCUCCCCCUGCUCUUCCCAGUCCUCUGGGUCCUGGCCACUGCCUGUGGAGAAGCUCGUGUCCUGGCACAGAUGAGCAAGGCCUCACCCAGCUCCCUGCUAGCCAAGUUCUCAGAGGACACUCUCAGCAGCUACACGGACGCUGUCUCUUCCAAGGAAAUGCUGCGCUGUAUUUGGGGCCACUUCCUGAGGGUGAUCCAGGGGACGUCACCGACACUGAGCCACAGCGCCAGCCUGCUGCACAGCUUGGGCUCCGUCACGGUCCUGUGCUGUGUAGACAAACAGGGGAUCCUGUCCUGGCCAAAUCCCAGCCCAGAGACUGUGCUCUUCUUCAGUGGGAAGGUGGAGCCCCCUCACAGCAGCCACGAGGACCUCACGGAUGAUCUGUCCACCCGCUCCUUCUGCCAUCCUGAGGUAGAGGAGGAGCCCCAUGAACGAGAUGCCCUCCUGGCUGGCUCCUUGAACAAUACCCUGCACCUUUCCAACGAGCAGGAGCGUGGCGACUGGCCUGGUGAUGGUCCCAAGCCCCCCGAGCCCUACUCUCACCGCAAAGUGCACGGCCGCAGCAAACACCCGUCUGGCUCCAACGUGAGCUUCAGCAGGGACACUGAGGGUGGAGAGGAACAGCCUAGCAAGGCCCAGCCCGGGACCGAGGGUGAACCCUAUGAGGCGGAGGACUUCGUGUGUGACUACCACCUGGAGAUGCUGAGCCUGUCCCAGGACCAGCAGAACCCCUCCUGCAUCCAGUUCGAUGAUUCCAACUGGCAGCUCCACCUCACCUCCCUCAAGCCCCUGGGCCUCAACGUGCUGCUGAACCUGUGUAAUGCCAGUGUCACUGAGCGUCUGUGCCGCUUCUCCGACCACCUGUGCAACAUCGCCCUGCAGGAGAGCCAUAGCGCAGUGCUUCCCGUGCACGUGCCCUGGGGCCUCUGCGAGCUGGCCCGCCUCAUCGGCUUCACGCCGGGAGCCAAGGAGCUCUUCAAGCAGGAGAACCACCUGGCGCUCUACCGCCUCCCCAGUGCCGAGACCAUGAAGGAGACCUCACUGGGACGGCUGUCCUGUGUCACCAAGCGGCGCCCUCCCCUCAGCCACAUGAUCAGCCUCUUCAUCAAGGACACUGCCACCAGCACAGAGCAGAUGCUGUCCCAUGGCACAGCUGAUGUGGUCUUGGAGGCCUGCACAGACUUCUGGGAUGGAGCCGACAUCUACCCUCUUUCGGGUUCUGACAGAAAGAAAGUGCUGGAUUUCUACCAGCGAGCCUGCCUGUCUGGUUAUUGCUCUGCCUUCGCCUACAAGCCUAUGAACUGUGCCCUGUCCUCUCAGCUGAAUGGCAAGUGCAUCGAGCUGGUGCAGAUGCCCGGCCAGGGCAGCAUCUUCACCAUGUGUGAGCUGCCUAGCACUGUCCCUAUCAAGCAGAAUGUCCGCCGCAACAGCUGGAGCUCUGAUGAAGGGAUCGGGGAGGUGCUGGAGAAGGAGGAAUGCAUGCAGGCCCUCAGCGGCCAGAUCUUCAUGGGCAUGGUGUCCUCCCAGUACCAGGCCCGGCUGGAUAUUGUGCGCCUCAUCGAUGGGCUGGUUAAUGCCUGCAUCCGUUUUGUCUACUUCUCUUUGGAGGAUGAGCUCAAAAGCAAGGUUUUUGCAGAAAAGAUGGGCCUGGAAACUGGCUGGAACUGCCACAUCUCCCUCAUACCCAAUGGGGACAUGCCUGGCUCUGAGAUCCCCCCUUCUAGCCCCAGCCAUGCAGGCUCCCUGCAUGAUGACCUGAAUCAGGGGUCCCGAGAUGAUGCGGAAGGAAUGCUCCUCAUGGAGGAGGAGGGUCACUCAGACCUCAUCAGCUUCCAGCCUACAGAUAGCGACAUCCCCAGCUUCCUGGAGGACUGCAACCGGGCCAAACUGCCCCGGGGCAUCCAUCAGGUGCGGCCCCACCUGCAGAACAUUGACAAUGUGCCCCUGCUCGUGCCCCUCUUCACCGACUGUACCCCCGAGACCAUGUGUGAGAUGAUAAAGAUCAUGCAGGAGUACGGGGAGGUGACCUGCUGCCUGGGCAGCUCUGCCAACCUGAGGAACAGCUGUCUCUUCCUCCAGAGUGACGUCAGCAUUGCCCUGGAUCCCCUGUAUCCAUCCCGCUGCUCCUGGGAGACUUUUGGCUAUGCCACCAGCACCAGCAUGGUCCAGGCCACAGAUGGCCUUUCUCCCCUGCAGCUGUCAGGGCAGCUGAACAGCCUUCCCUGCUCCCUGACCUUUCGCCAGGAGGAGACCAUCAGCAUCAUCCGGCUCAUAGAGCAGGCUCGACAUGCUACCUAUGGCAUCCGUAAGUGCUUCCUCUUCCUGCUGCAGUGCCAGCUGACUCUCGUGGUCAUCCAGUUCCUUUCUUGCUUGGUCCAGCUCCCACCACUCCUGAGUACCACAGACAUCCUGUGGCUGUCCUGCUUUUGCUACCCUCUGCUGAGCAUCUCUCUGCUGGGCAAACCACCCCAUAGCUCUAUCAUGUCCAUGGCAACAGGGAAAAAUCUUCAGUCCAUUCCUAAGAAGACCCAGCACUACUUCCUGCUCUGCUUCUUGCUCAAGUUCAGCCUCACCAUCAGCUCGUGCCUCAUCUGCUUCGGCUUCACACUGCAGAGCUUCUGUGACGGUGCCCAGGCCCGCAACCUCACCAACUGCUCCUCCAUUAUGCUGAGCAGUGAUGAUGACGUGGCUCCGGCGUGGUUUGAGGACUUUGCCAAUGGGCUGCUGUCGGCUCAGAAACUCACAGCCGCUCUGAUUGUCCUGCACACUGUUUUCAUCUCCAUCACCCACGUGCAUCGCACCAAACCCCUGUGGAGAAAGAGCCCCCUGACGAACAUUUGGUGGGCUGUGACGGUGCCUGCGGUGCUGCUGGGUCAGGUGGUCCAGACAGCCGUGGACCUGCAGCUGUGGACACACAGGGACAGCCGCAUCCACUUUGGCCUGAAGGAUGUGCCUCUGGUGACGUGGCUUCUGGGCUGCCUGUCCCUGGUCCUUGUAGUGGUCACCAAUGAGAUUGUAAAGUUGCACGAGAUUCGGGUCCGUGUCCGCUAUCAGAAGCGACAGAAGCUGCAGUUUGAAACCAAGCUGGGCAUGAACUCUCCCUUCUGAGCCAUUGGCCAUGGUGGCCAUAGUUGCCCUAGUCCCUGGGGCUGAAGCCAGACCCAUCCCUGCACCUGGGAAGUUGCUAUCACAAACAUUUCAGGGUUUGCUCCGUGCCCCACGGCACUGGGAGCUCAGCUGUGGUCACUGGAGACCCUACCGUCCCCCUGUGGAAAAGCUGAGGAGCUGUGGCCUCAGCCAGACAGGACCAUCCUGGCUCUUCUCUGGCCUUGCCAGGGGCACUCUUGAAUGUAUGAUCUCAGGCACUUGGCGGAGUGGCCCUCAGCCCCUCACCCAGCACCCUCUGCCUGGCAUCUAUGCACAGCCUAGAAGUCAGGGCGAGGGCCUCAGCUUUUGCGGAAGAACAAUGGCUGCUGCUGGGGAGGUGCUGUAUCCCACCGCUGCUCUGCAUCCCGUCUUCCUGGGCAAGGGCCUGGGUGUGGCCCCGAUGCCCUGCUCUCCUUGGGUAGGGGGUGGGGGGAGUCUGAAGAUACAGAAGCCCCCCCACUCCUUUGCCAGGCUCAGCAGGCCACCAGUCAGUCUUGGGGGAUGUGGCCCAGGUUACCCGUAACCCUACCCUCGUUCUCCUGGGAGAAGUUUUUAUUGGUGUAUAUUUUUUACCAGAAAUGAGCCUUUUAGGAAUGAAUGUAGAUUGGUUUAUAUUAAAACUUGUAAAUUGCUUAAGAAAAAUGUGUAUCUGGUGCAUGAGGCAGCCAUGAAGGGGCCUUACCCUCUACCUAGGGGCUUGAAUGGGAACUCCUGAAGGCGAGGAG